AUGCUGUUUCCUGCCGCCUGUGCAGCCCCCGUCAGCCCGCCACUCUCGCCUGUCCAGCUGCCUCCGGCGCAAAUAUCAGUUGACCGCAACAUUGACCGAUGCGUUGCCCGUGAGCGACAAGUCAGCAGCAGCAGCAGCAGCAGCAGCAGCAGCAGCAGCAGCAGCAGCAACAUCAUCAACAACAGUAGCGUCAAUGAGCAGUAG